UGGUGGGCGAGACCAAGCGCGAGGGAAGGACAGGCGGCGAGCGUCGGGGGCCGCGCUUUCCGCACGCAGCCGGGGCUGCCCCACGCCCCGUAGCUUCCCCUCCUGCAGCUCCACAAAUGGUCCGGCCCGCAAGCAAGGGGGCGUGUCGGGCUUUGAAAAGCCGGCGGGUGCGCGCUUGAGAAAGAAGGCGGGAAAAUGGCGGAUUUCUCCGGGCGCGGAGCUGGGAAGCCUGUGACUGGCCCCACCAAUCCUGGCAGCGCCAAGAAGAAGGAGAAAAGAGUUCAAGGUGGAAGAGUGGUUGAGUCCCGAUACCUGCAGUACGAGAAGAAGACAGCCCAAAAGGCUCCUGCAGGAGAUGGGUCACAGACCCGAGGGAAGACGUCUGAAGGUGGAAGGAAACCCAGCCUGCUCCACAAAAGCAAAGCAGAUAGCAGUGGGGUUGCAAAGGGGGACCUGCAGUCCACGUUGCUGGAAGGGCAUGGUACAGCCCCGCCUGACCUGGAUCUCUCUGCCAUUAAUGACAAAAGCAUCAUCAGAAAGACGCCACAGUUAGCAAAAACAGUACCAAAGAAACCUGAGUCAACAUCGUUUUCUGCCCCUCGGAAAAAGAGCCCAGAUUUAUCUGAAGCAAUGGAAAUGAUGGAGUCUCAGACACUACUGCUGACGCUACUGGCUGUAAAGAUGGAGAACAAUCUUGCUGAGUUUGAAAGAAGGGCAGAAAAGAAUUUAUUAAUAAUGUGUAAGGAGAAGGAGAAGCUACAGAAAAAGGCCCAUGAGCUGAAAUGCAGGCUUCUCCUCUCUCAGAGGAAGCGGGAGCUGGCAGAUGUCCUGGAUGCCCAGGUCCAGAUGCUCAGCCCCUUCGAGGCUGUGGCCACACGCUUCAGGGAGCAAUACAGGACGUUCGCCACAGCCCUGGACACCACCAGGCAUGAGCUCCCUGUGAGGUCCAUCCACCUGGAGGGAGACGGGCAGCAGCUCUUAGGAGUUUCGCCCAGGUGCUGGAACUCUCCGCAGAGGCGAGCAAAGAGGCAGCCUUGGCAAACCAGGAAGUCUGGGAAGAGGGUCAGGGCCUGGCGCCUCCUAGCCAGUGGUAUUUCAAUCAAGACACCACCUGCGGAGAAUCUCGGGGAGCACCCAAGAACACGCCCCUGUCUGAGGACGACACCCCUGGUGCCUCGUCAGCCCCUACUCAGGCCACAUUCAUCAGCCCAAGGGAAGACGUUUCUUCAAGCAGCCAGGGAGAAGCCAUGUCCUCUGCCGCUCAUUCAGGGAGGGACUUGGGGUGACUCGUGACAUUCAGGACACUUGAGCACUUUAUACACUACCCUAGCACUGGAGCCGUUUUUUAAUGUGAUAAUCUUGUUUGAUUCUUAAAAAAUAAACCCAUUUUGCAGUUGAAGCCCUCGUUUUCUAUGAGGGGGCCGGUUGGAAGACCUGUGUUGUCUCGAGUUCUGAGUGACUGGUCCGGAAAUUUAGGACCCCCACGACAUGCUGAGUAUCCCACUGUCACGAUUAUUUCAUGUCCUUCAGUCACGAGGGUGGUGGUGGGACAGCAAGUUACGAAUUGGCCCUUGAGUGGACAUAGUUCAUUUUUUUAAUUAAUUAUUUGGAAAUGUAAAUCGUUUUUGUUGUUGUUGUUCGUGUGUUUAUUGUCUUUUUCUGAAAAAUCCUGAUAGAAAAUUGUUUGGUUUAGCUCUCAGCAGCCUGCUUCUGAGCUCUGAGGAAGCUUGCCUUCUUUUGAGCUACCUGAUCUUUCUUCUGAGCAAGGGACAUUUUGGGGCGGUUCCACCUCUUCCUCUUAGCUUCUUUCUUGGGCUUCUUUUCAUAGACUGGAUUCUCUCGUAUAGGAGCAUGAACUUUUUAUACAUCUCCAUCAUGUCUGGAGUUACGCCCUUCUUUAUGUGUUGAGAGAACUGUUUCUUGUAAGCAUCUUCAUCUUCUGCCAUUCAGUAGUGCGUGUCAUCUGCAACAUUCUGGCCCAUGGUGUGCUUCUGCGUUAAAUUGCUUGCUUUCAGAAUCCUACCCAGGGAAUCGUUCGGUACUGUGAGGGAUAACAAGCCUCCAUCCACAGCUCCCUUCAGGGCGCCAAAAACUUUAUUGCCAUUCGUAGUUCUGGCAAGGCCUGCAUCC